UUACAUGUCAUUUACCGCAGAUCUUUCUAUCUAAGCUAUCCAAGACAACGAUGAUCUCUGAUUCACAGUUUUCCACAUUCAUUUUCUUUGAUCUAGAAACCACUGGAUUAGGAGAACCCGUGGAAAUAACAGAGCUCAGCAUGAUUGCUGUAGAACGAGCUCACAUCAUCGACAGCUCGAAAACGAAAAUGGUUCCUCGUUUACUCGACAAAUUGACCACUUGCGUUCGACCAACAAAGGAGAUUGAAUCAGAGGCUUCUGUGGUGACUUGUAUAUCGAACGAAGAUCUCGAGAAGAAGAAAAAAUUCGACACCGAGUUAGGAGGAACUGUAAGAUCAUUUAUCAUGAGGCAACAGCCGCCGGCCUGUUUAGUAGCUCACAAUGGCGACAAUUACGACUUCAAGAUACUUGUUUCUCAUCUAAAUGCUGUGGGAAUAACGUUGCCUGAAACUGUUUACGCCACUGAUUCGCGCACAGCCUUUGAAAAACAGAACAAAGAAGCUAAAAACGAGUCACACAAUGCAGAGACUACAGAACAAACAGGAAAUGGAAGACCAUUUUCUUUGAAAAAUUUGUACAGCAGUUUUAUUGGUGGAGAAUUUGAGAACGCUCAUAGUGCAGAAGGAGAUGCCUUGGCUUUGUUAAAACUCGCUGUACACAAACCAGAUGUUCUGGAGUAUUUAGAAAAAGGAGCGCAUAAACUUUGAAACGCACUCUUCCAAGAAACCAGUAGGCUUUUGUACAUUAUGCCUGCAAUUUUUUGAGCAUUGUACUUGAUUUUAGUGAGGCAGAAGCAUUAAGCAUUAUUCGAGCAUUUUAGUGGCAUUUUCUCGGAGAAUUGACAUAUUUUCCGUAGAAAAUAGAAAUUAAAAUUAUUAUCUACAAGAAAAUGAAGACUAAACUUAGCCUCUUCACUUAGGUAUCACUGAAAGGGUACAAAGGAUUAACGGAACAACAGACCAUUUAGAGAAUUAUCUUUUGGUGUAUUAAAACUACUACACUCGUUGUUGUUAACUUGUUAUACUAAGUAUACGUUUUUUUGUUUUGUUUUUUUUUAAGCACUCUGAACUGUUAACUGUGCUGAAACGUCAAAAUUAUUAAAAUUUGAAAAAACCCAUGUAUGAGCAUUAACCGAGCAUUUUAGUGACUUUUUGGGGGAAAACCAAGCAUUUUAGUAGAAAAAUGGAGCAUUAACAAAGGUGGAGCAUUUUAGUGGGGAAAUUAAAGCAUAAUGUACAAAAGACUAGAAACCAGGGGUGUCUGAGUGAAAAGGAUGCAAUCCAAGUGCAAGAUGAAUAUUUUUCACAGUUAGAAAAAGGACUCUUAUGGGUAGAGGGGUAAUUUCCUAUAACUGGGUACGUGCUUGAGCAACCUGAAAAUACUGUGUAGUUCAACUGUCAAUUUUUGGAAAUUUUCAGUGGUAAAUAUAUAGAACAGCAUUUCCUCUAGUAAUAACUGCGUCAAGCCAAUUGUAGAUGUAGAUGUAGAUGUAGAAUCAAAGGAGAACUAUGAAGAAGUCGUGGAUACAAAUGGAGAGUUCUGCUUCAAUCAACUGCUGUAUGCUUGAACAGGUUUUGAAGAUAAUUAACAAGAUCACAAAUUUUCUAGGACACCUCACCCUUCUGGGUAUUUUUGCAUUACCCUACUGUAGAUAAUUUUGUGUACAUCUAGUUUUCUAACUGCAUUUCGUACUUUGGCUACAUUAGCGUUUUGUUCAGAUGAACUGAUAAGUUGUACUUUGGACGUUUCCAACAGCUUUGUGUAUGUUUGAUUCAAAGACUCUUUUCGCCUCACAAUCAGUCUCUACACACAAAGUUAAACUUUUUAGUCUUUCAAACAGCUACUAACAAUGACUCAGUUACAUAUGUGCUGACUACAACAAGUGUUAAUCAGUGGAAUUUUAAGCUGAAGUGUAUUUUGACAUAUUACUUUGCAGCAUUACAUCAGAUAAAUGUAUAUUGGUGGUUGACAUAUUGAUUUGUCUACAUCUGAAAGAGUCACAAAUUUGCAUAUUCUGACCCCUAACAAUAGUCGUUUGUACACUUCGUGUAUCCACGACUAAUAAAAAGGUAUCUAUUCUGUGUACCCAAAUUUCAAAAGUUUCACUCCAUUUGCUUUUUCUCUCCUAUUGGCAAAAUGCAUUCAUUUGUAUUUCUGAACAUAAUCUCAUGCUGUUCUGAGUUCUACCUAGGUUUCCCAUUAUCAUACCUCAUGAUGAUAAUAGUCAGGUUCAGGCUGGACAGAAUGAGAUCUAGGACUGGAUGAACAUUGCUGGCUAUAACCAAACUUUCUGGUUAUAGGCACCCCUCGUCAUAGGCCCAUCCAAGUAGAAAUGAAAAACUACCCUGGUAAAAACGCUGGAAUUAUCUUUAGAGUUCCCCCUCCCACAUGAAUUUUAGGCCUUCCUUCCUAAUAACGCCACUCCAGGUAACUGGUUUUAUACAUUAAACAUUAAAAACCUUGUGGUAGCUUUUCAAAUAAAAAGCAGAGUUAGUGUUUUCAGCUUUUUUGAUGAAAUUUCAGAUCCAUACAAACUACCAUAGAGCUCCACAGAAACUCUUCUGUUUAGUACC